AUGUCCAGCACCAUCCCCUUGCCAGUAACCUCAGCAAUCAGAGCGGUCGCCUUUCUCCUGAAGGACCAUGUUGCCUGUGAAAUCGCUGAUUCCACGGCCACACGACUCACGGACGUGCUCACCCCCAGACUGGUCGACCACGUAAUAGCUGCCAUUGCCCCGCAAGUUGCCUCUAUCCUCACCACCUCCGAAGCCCUACGGGACACGUUAGUCCAAGCAACGACGCUUCAGAACACAAUCAAUAGGGAGAGAGAUGAGCAGGAAGGAGACCUCAAAGUCGCGGCAGAAAGAUUCGAAGAAGCAGCGGAUCCACUCUACGAAUCCAUUGAGGACUGCAACAACUCGUACAAGCUCCUCACACCAUCCCUUGAAUUCACUCAAGAUCGUCUCAACAACUUGUCGACCCAACUCUCUCAGCAACCCCGAACACAAUCGACCUCACCCACCGUGAACACCGUGAACCCCGCAACAGUCAGCCAAACUCAAACGUACAGUUCCGUAACAGCGGCACACCUGCCCCCAUCAAUCGAUAAGGCCGUCAGCCGUGCAGCCAUUCGUGCUCGUCAGAUUCUUUUAGACCCAUUGCCUGGAGACAAUCUUUUCCCUCCAGAUACUCCACAUGCCGCGAUAGUUUUAAAGCUGAAAACUGCGCUGGCCAACAUACGCGAUAGAGACACUCCCGUUGGCAACAUUAAGGCAGUACUGACAUUACACAAUGGGGGCCUCAUUGUAGAACUCGAAUCGGAAUCGUUGGCAGAAUGGCUCCGUCUACCAGCAAAUGCGUCAACUGCCGCAGCGAUCAACACGCCAGUUGGAACCGGUCGUGCCCAGACUUUGCCCGACGCUGCGAACUCAUUAAUGAAAAAUUCCCAGAAAACUCUAUGCCCUACUUCCCAACAGAACUCUCCUGGACGCACGUCAACCAGCCUCAACGCUCUCUCCCGUUCACAUACUCCAAACCUCAACGCGCACAGUCCCCCCCCGGCAUGCUACCUCCCAGCAAACCACCAUUCCAUUCCAGCCUCGGCCCCGUCCUCCAAAUCGAAUGCUCUCCCCGCAACGUCCUCAAACUCCGGCUCUCACAGAACUUAUGAAUCGUCUCUCUUCUUCUCCAUUCACACACACUAA